AUGCAUCAACUUUUAACCACGCGUCUAGAUAUUUUCUGUGUCGAUUGUUCAAAAAAGGCAUUUACUUCAGCGUUAGUAUGUCCUGCAUGCGAGACCACGCUAACGGAAAAUAAUGAUAUAGUUUUCGUCAACCUUAAUCCCAGCGAAGACUAUAAAUCCUCGGUCUUAUCUGGUCUUCGACCAGAUAUAGUUAUGGAAAUUACGGCCAGAGCGCUUUCGUUCUGGACCUAUCAAACAACGCAGGAGUCCUGGUUGCAGGACAUACUGUACCAAAACCUGCAGGAAAAAUGCCAGCAGCUGGAAAAGCAGCUGCAUUCAAUAAAAAAAGAAGCGCAAACCGAGUUUUGUGCAUUAAGAGAAAAACAAUCGGCUUUACAAAAGGAAUUGGAAGCCGAAAAAAACAUCAAUCUUGAAUUGAAAAAGAUAAUUGAAGAAAAAAACGCACAAUUUACUAGGCUUAAGGCAAGUUUGAGUACAAAUACCAUGCACGAAGAUUUUAGGAAUCGAACGCUGGCCUCGAACAUUCGGCGUACAGUCCGUAACACGGCAACCGGAGACGGAGUGAUAAAUAACCAACUAUCUGGGCAACGCGGCAGCAUUCCCAUAAAUUGGGCAAACUACGCAGACGGUUCGUUCACAGUCCCAAAUAACAGUCAGUCUGCUAAGCGUAUGCAUGGAUAUUCUCCAGCGCGGGACAAUACCCAAAUUUCUGGUCACACAAAUUACUCAAAGACGUCUAGCAGACAGCUGCCUAACACUGGAAUGCGCUUAAUGAUGCCAACGUCAAGAGGUCACAACUGGAAGAGUUGA